GCUGGCAGCACUAAACAGAAUAUAAUCACAACGGCAACACAAACAUUUAUUUCCGUGGUCAAAGAGAUACGAUACAUAAUUCGCUGAAUUUAAUAUUUUCUAAUAAUUAUGAGACAUUUAAAUAUUAAUUUUAGCUAAACUGAUUCGAAAAAUAACAAACACAAGAGAUGCUACAUGCCGGGCGCUCAAUCGGUAAUUAAGCCGGCGUCGGCGGGCGAAUUUUCAGCUUCCGACGAAGAAUCUCAACUUCAAGUUUACCUGGAGCAACAACUGGAGGAGGAUGUAGCCAGAAUAUUUGAUGAGUCUAUAUAUUCUGAUAUUGAGCUGGUGUGUGGAAAAUUAAAAAUACUAACACAUUCUUGCAUUCUUGAGACUCGCACACGUAAAUUUUAUCACGAACUUAAAAACAUAUUGCAUGUGAAUUUCGGACGCGAUUCAUAUGACGAAAUAUAUUCAUUCAUAAGUGACAUAUAUACUGAAUGUGAUAUACAAGAACAGGAAAAAGAAAUAAUAAGCUAUUUAAGCAAGCAAGUUACGAAACUAGAAUCACUGGCAGAUUGCGUGAAUAAAACGAAAAUAGACCUAGAGGAGGUUGCUGCGUUUGAAAUACCCGAUUGCAGUAUUAGUUCGUACCCUGAAAAAGCGAUAUCCGAAAUAACAGGCUCUAGUCCGAGUACUGAAUUGACAAAAGAAUACUAUGCGCUAGUGCCUAUAGCUGAUAAUUUAUUAGAAAAAGAACUUGACGAACAGGACGCUCUAUCGAAUGCUUUUAUAUCCAUAAAAAAAACUCAAAUUGAAGAUAAAAUCGAAAACAAAGCUUCUCAACCAGUAAAACCUACUUCUUUAUCGCUUUCUAGUCACAUUUCCAAAUCAGACAAACAUUCCGCUUCUUGUGAUAUCACUUGUCCAGUGACAGAUAAUGGAUUAAAAUUCGAAAAGAACCACACACAUAAUCCAAUAACACGCACUAGUCAAGAAACUAAAUCGAAUCAGUAUUUUAUAAAUAGCGAUCACCAUUGCAAGCAUUCAAUUUUUUAUGAGUCCACGAGUGAGAAAAUAUAUGAUAUAGCGUAUUCACCUGACAGUUUAAUAGCUGAUGAUCCAAGCAGUUCAUCUGAUUAUUUGUCUGCAACGUUUACCUGUUCUCCUGUGGCUAGCUGCACUGGCUGCCAUACGCACUUAAAUGUUUACGAUAGCAAUCCUAAAAUGGAUAACAUUAUUACAAUAUCAGAUUCCGGAAUGGAAAACACCGGUAUGCUGGAGAGUUUAAGCAGCCAUAAAGAUGUAACUUUAACGGACAUAUCGUUGACUGAAAGCACGUUGCAUGACUCCGUAGCUGAUGAAGCCAGUAACUCUAAUGAUUCUGCGCACAGUCCGUUGUUAGAAAGGCGAGAUUUUCUAAAACUACAGUGUCGUAAUGCACCCCAGUCAGCUUCGUCCAGUGGAAUUUCUACAGAUAAAGAAAGCUAUCAAACAACCAAACCUAGUCAGUUUAAAGAACUAAUCAGCGGACGAUCAUCGAAAGAGGAGAAACAAAGACAGAACGAAGAAAUCGUUAUAUUAGAGUCAUCAUCAUUAUCGUCAGAGACUGGUUCAUGGGAAUCUGUUUUUCCACCGAAAGUGUCUGAAAAGAAACAAACUGGUAACUGCUCUAAAACUGAACACGAACUUCUCAGUGAAGAUGCAAAUACGGAAAAUCCAAUAAAUAAAUUUAGUACAGAUAUCACCACUGGUACACAAUAUUCAGGCUUAGCGCAGAAAUCUGUAAAGACAACAUCAUGUUUCAUAGACGCUGCGAGUUUAGUUGAAGAAGAAAGUGAUGCACCUCCCCCUGUAUGUACUAAAUCUCACAACCUGACAUUCGACACGACGGUGCCUCAGAGUCGUCCAGUUCCUUGCUCCACUAACAAAAUAGAUAUGAGCCCUAAUGAUUGGUCUGAAAGUAACGAUAACGAUGAUUCCUUAGAACAAACUGAACAAAAGGAUCUUGAUUCAAUCCAGAAAGAUUUGUCUCCGACCAUUUUCGAAAUGACUCCUAUAACCGAAGAUUCUUUAUGUACUAAAGCCUUUGUAGAACCAACACAAGUCGAAGAAACAGUUGAUGAUAAACAAAGUAAUUUAGAUUCUAUUAGUAAGGAAACUAUUUGUCUGCAAGAGACCUUUAUGACUUCGACGCCUAAUAAUUCUAUUAUGUCCGUAAAAGAUUCUGGAUUCCAUGGGUACAGUGAAGAUGAAGCUCAAUGCAGUUCUAUUAAUAAAGAUUACGACGUUACGAAAAAAAUUAAAGCCCAUAAAUUUUUCGAAUACUCACCUAUAGUCUCGGGUGGCGCGUCCGUAGAAGAUUUCCCUCCACAAAUGCCUGGAAGUAAAACAGGUAGUCCAUCAACAAAACGCAAAAUAGAAAAUAUACCAAUUGUAUCAGGUGGUUACAUCCCAGAAAGAACAGAGGAAGUAAAUCAAGUUACAAGAAGUAAAGUAAAACUAUCGUCUUCGUCAGCUUGGGUGGUCGAUAUGUCCGGUGGAGCGAAAUUAAAUAGUGAAACAUCUAACGUUUCUCAAACAUCGAAGAGACCUAAUGAAAAAACUUGUGAAAAUUUGAAGGUCGCCUUAAAUAGUAAUCUCGAGAAUUGCAAUAAAAGUCGAAGUUCAGUGGAUUCGGACAGUAGUGAAAAAUCCAGUCAUAAAUUUUAUAUAGAUUUGGCAAGUUUGCCUGAUCCUUUGCCAUGUAAAAAAAGCGAAGACACUGAUAGUCUAAACGAGAAAAAAAAUAUUUUCACAAUGUACAUAGAUAUAGGUGAAAAUGGAAAACUAAAAGAGAUGCCUCCUAGGCUAUCUUUGAAUACAAAGAAGAACGCCAGUACAUCGUCUAAUGGAAAAUGUGAAGUACAAACUAAAUCUGUUGUAUCGGAAGAAAGUGACAAACAUAAACCAUUGUCAAACUUAUCGACCUUCGAAAAGUUAGAGUCGCUUUGUAACGACCCAAACAUCAGCAUACUAGAAAUAAUAAAGAUUCCAGAGAAGAAAUCUUCCGAUAUUUCUGAAGUCAAUGAUCUUCCAUCGAUUGAAAUAGUUAAAGAAGAUAAUUCAAAAAUAGAAACGUCCUCAUUACGUUCUAUAACGGCUACAAUUCAAGAGGAGGUCGUUUGUGGAGACGAAAUAAAUGAUUCAUCAGAUCUGUUCGUCAAACUAUCUGAUUUGGAUAAACCGGUAACAAGAAUGGACAUUGAUAUACCAGUUACGAAGAAAACACUAUCUGCUUCUGUAAGUGAAGAUAAGGCGAGAGAUUCUCGAAUGACCAGAUCGAUUCCCGAUAACAAUUGGACCAAUCAAACACUGUCGGUUAAUUCAAGAUCUAUUGACAUAAUUAGUUCCUUUCAUUCCGAAAACGCUUUAAGUCUGAACCGAUUGUUUCCUCAUUUGAAGAACGAAUUCAGUAGAAGCGUGCCCGUUUCACUGUCGAGUCGGACGCGGUCUCCUUUGCGGCUAGGGACUCCAUCGAGCACCUUGGAGGCUCUCGAUCAAACAUCCGACACGUCCGAAGUCAGUAGCGUACAGAGUAGUAUGUGCCGUUCAGUCGUCGAGAACAGUACGACGGAGGAAAGCUGUCAAACUUCCAGUUUAAUAGGUAGCUGCCAGUCUCGGCUCGGUCAGGACUUGUUACGGAUGUUUCUAGAAGAGAUAGCGCCUGAUGUGGUAGUUGAGGUGUCCGGGAAAAGAAUCAAAGCACACAAAUGUAUUUUAUCAUCCAGAUGUCAAUUCUUUGCCGGAAUACUUAGUGGUGGAUGGGUUGAGAGCGCUGGAAACGUCAUAGCAUUGCCAUCCUUCUCAUACAAUGUGGUACAUUUCGCUAUGUGUCACAUAUACUCGGGCUUGUCGGCUAUACCAGACACGAUAAGCAUCCUUGAACUAGCCACCCUUGCGGACAUGCUGGGCCUAGAAGGACUCAAAGAAGCUAUAAUGUUUACUCUGAAAACUAAAUACUGUCAUCAUUUCCACAGGCCGUGUCCAGUGUGCGUUGCCGGAGUUCUAGAAUGUUUUCCACUAUCAUCGGCCUAUGGACUCGACGAUCUGUAUCGCAAGUGCUUGAGGUGGAUUACGAAGUACUUUAUCAAGGUCUGGCCGACGAAGGCCUUUGCUACGUUACCAUCGGAAUUGAUCGAGAAAUGCUAUCAACAGCACGUUGUAAAUUUGAGCACAGAUAAUCUCGUUGACACGGUUUAUGGUUGCAGCGCGAUAGUGACUUCCUUGCAAAACAUAAGGUGGGCGGAGACGGUGGCUCGUUUGUGUCGUCGAUUAGUGAACGCGGCUGCUCAUUUCGCCGCUCCUAGACUAGUUGCGGUGCUCCAAGACAUCGCCAAUAUGGCUCCGGACGCUCCGCCGCCCGCGAAGCAAGCUCUGAUGGACUGCAUCGCUGCUGCUAUAGAAUGGGCGCCGCCGGACGAGGGAUGCCGCGCCUAUGCUCUCCUGUCUGAUUUGGUCCGAGACAUCAAACUGCACAGCUCGAGCUCGAACAAUCUCCUUCACAGCCACGCGGCCAAUUGGCGUAUGCAAUGUGAAGGCGCAUUAGUGCGAGCCGCUCCACGCGUCGUCGGUACUCAAGCCUUCCAAGACCUGCCCACGGACCUGCGCAGGAGAUUACGCGAACUCGGUUGUAUUAUGUACGGAACGCAGGCCAUACCCGUGACGACUUCACCGUACCACGAACGCAAGAGUCGGAGUACGUAUCACAACAAGGCCAGUAAGACGCAUAACACGAAGACGAGUCGCAGUUUAGACAUUGAUCACGUCCGAGCAUCGUUCGUACCGUACGCUCCAAAACCGGCGACGCAUAUCAGUUCCGUCGAUAUACUGAAGAACGUUCCCGAUUUGAAAGAUGCGAAGAAAUUAACUACCCGCACUAAACCGCCGAAGGUGAGGACCACGAAGGCACAAGAGGAACGAGCCAAAUACAAUAUGACGAAAAAUAUUCAAUCGGUGAACCAGGUGAACGGUAAGACCGGACAUCCGCCGAUACGGACGUUCGAAAACACGAAACCGAGAUACCUAGAGCCGCGCCCGUGUAAAGAAAACGAUAAAAAAACGACAGCGCCGAACAAACUGGUCCCUAAAAUGGUAUCGUCCAGCGAAUCGUCCCGGAACUCUAGUCCGAUCCAAGUCAGGAACCUACGCACAACUCGAAUGAAGACCCGACAGGGGCUCGAAGUUAAAACGCACGCGAUGUCGCAGGACAGCUUGGCGACCUCGUCACGACCGCGCACCGCCGAACCAUCCACAGACUCCCUGAGCGAGUCGCAAAAUAGCAACAAAUACGCCACCUACACCAAGAUUAAGCACUCCAAGGGAUCUAUUGAAUCUAUCAAAUCAAGAUGUCAUAAUGUUACGCAACCUACUAUUAACACGCAAUGCAAGAUAAAAACGAAAAUCCCCGUUUCGCUGAAUCAAAACUACAGGGCGAUUAACACUGAAAACAAGAGCGUUGCUGAGGCGCAAAAGCGCAGCCCUGGUUAUCCCGCCACAAAUGGAACGUCUCGACCACGCAUGAAAUCUGUCGAGAAAAAAAUUACGGGCUCUCUAAUGAACGCCACUAAAUCCAGCUCGGCGAAAAUAGUGCCCAAGGUCAUAAAAGAGUCGCACACCAACAAAUGUCCGAGCAAAAGUAGAACGGCUCGUAACUCGAGUAAAGAGCACGAAGCACCCGCUGAAAUUCCUUUGAUGGAACGUUCUGGGACCUUUUUAAAGGACGAACCCACCUUUGGAGAUAAAACGACUAACAUAGAUAUAGACUAGUAGAAUUUCCCAGGAUGAUGUCCUGAUUUCUUGCUUGAGUAGAAAACUGUCCAUUUAUCUUUAGAUAUAGGAGUGGCACACUCGACUUAGGAGUCGACAUUUUAUUACAAUAGUCACGGCUUAAGUAAUUUAUAUUACCUUUUCAUUUGGCUAGUACUUAUUCUCUUCAUACGUAAGACUCAAAUAGGGUGCAAAUCUAUUUUUAUUAGCUACGGAUAGUUGAACUUAAUGUAGUGAAGUAAGCGUGCCUGUAUUUUGUAAUUAGUAUUGCUCUCACCAUUUACGAAUGUAGACCACGAAUUAUUUAUUGAUGUAACCGUUGCCAUUCGUACAUUUAGUAUUAUUUAUUUUUAAAUUUAGUGUUUAAACACUUGAAUUGAAUAUAUUAGGUUUUUUCUCAUACAUAGAAAUGAAUACAUGUAUAUUUAUUUGGUUGUUAGUUCGUGUUCUAAAAGUACGCGCGUCGUUUGUAUUAUUGAGUUGAAGCUUUGUAGUUGCUGGAUACAUAGGACUGGCAUUUUAUUAUCGAAGUAUAUACAAUAGAUGGCGCGCGAGUCGUACGAAAAAAUAAGUAUUUCAUAUAAAUGUUUAGUCAAAGCGAAGUGUAGCCGACAUUCAGUAAUUUAUAAUUAUUAUUGUAGUACACAUGCUGCUACUAGUAAAAGUAUUUAUUAAUUGUUAAUAUGUUUUAGAUUAAGUGCACACCUAUCAUUUUGAAAUGAUAAGAAAUUCUAUUCUAUGGAUUCGGAACAACUUUUGAGGAAACGUAAAAGUUGAUUUAUAUAUUUAUUAAUUAUAAUUGCUUGCCCGUUGGAUAUAGAUAACAAAAUUGAAGCAAUUAAAUUGUUGAUUUAAAAUUUUACACAACUGUUGAUAUGAUAAACAGAGAAUUGAAAUCUUAACACAAGAAAUCAUUUUGCAGUCUCCGUCUUACAUUGACGAAAUUGUGAAAAGAGAUUUGCGUUGAAACUUUGCCUUGUCUAAACACAGACAAGUGCGUGUUUUGACUGUAAUUCGUAGCGUCAUGCUUGAGAACUCUGGUAUCCGUGUUGGCGAAUAUUGCAUUUUUAACUUCUUUUUAUGAUUAUUCGAAUAAAAAUGUUCACUUUAAUGAAACCGAAGGAAGGUGUGGAUUUAAAGCACGCUUUCUAUCGCUUCAUACAAAAAUACUUAAAAAAUAUAUUUAUGUAUUGUCGGUUCCUUUUUUAACUGCAACCGAUUAGUCGAAGAACGGUUUAUUGUUAUAUGCAGCAGUUAAGUUGCUAUGUAUAUAAAUGACACAUCCCAGAGAAUCGCUGGCGGUUCUCUCGUUCAUAUACUCAUGUAUUCACGCAAUGUCUUUGUGAACUUAUUCUUCGGAAAUCUGGAUGGAAGCCGGAAUUUAGAUGAUUAUUCUUAGCUCUUUGUCUAUUAUUCCAAGUUUUUCACCUGGACCUCUACAGCACGACAACAUUCUUGUCAAUAUCUCCGUCCUAUGGUAAAUUAUCAGCGUGUUUGCAAGAUACAAAAAGAAGACAAUUUUUUCAUACUUUUUAUUUAUUGGAAAUAAAACCAUGAGUAUCAUUGUUAAAUAGAUGAGAAUGUAAAAAAGACGUUUAUGGCUUCAACGUUAAUGUAUUCAAUGGGCAAGAAUGGUAUCGUACACGUAUCAGGCUUAAUUUUAUUAAAACCUGAAACAUUGAAGUUCCCAGCAGCAAAUAAUUGUAUUUUUAUUUUAUCAGAUUAUUUGCUUUGCUAAGAAACUUUUUGCUUCAUUGUUGUAUCUCGUUAUAUUAAUUCAACUGUGUAAAUUAUAUAUUAUAAUACAAAAGAGCUUGGUGUGUUUUCUUUGAAAAUUGAGAACACAAUGCUUUUUGCAGUGAACUGGAAUUGAUUCAAUUACAGUGUACCUACAUACAUUUUUCAUAAUUAAUACCCAGGUGUGGGGUAAUCGUUUCAUUCCUUUAUGUAAUAUACACGGUAUUUUAAAAUAGUUCCCAACAAUGAAUACAGUGUCAGUGAUUCGCAAUAGUGAUUUUUUAUUUUUUAUUUAUUAGCGAAUAAAAAAAAAUAGUGAUAAAAAUAAUCAAUGCAAUAAGCACUACAGUGCCAUUCAAAAAUGAAAUAUCAAUUAAAAACAGUUGACAGACUUAAUAAUACAAAGGUCCGAACGCUAGUUUUACAUUUCACUUUAAUAUAAAUAUGUACUGAAAGCAAACAAUGACGUUGCAAAUGAAUAUUAUUGUUUUUCGCUUAUUUAUGGGUAGUUGAGCAUCGAUUCUCCUAGCUUCUGGAACGGCUACCUCACGCCCGGUGGUAUAUGGAUUUGACAUGAAUUUUUAUAAUUCAGUAAAUUAAUUACGAUUAUCAUUAAUUUUAAUCACUGGAUCAUAUCUAUGUGUUUAGGACAUACAAUAUUUUUGAAUAGAUCAACGACUGUAUAAAAUGCCUAAAGAUGUUGGACCACUAUAAUAUAAAUAGAAUCUCUUUCGUUCACUACAUUACUGUAGUAAUUAGAUGGUUUAACAUAGGAUUUCUUUGGUAUUAAUAUUAUUUAAAAUAAAUUAAAUACUGCAAUAUAUUGAUUAUUUAAAAUUUUAAUCUUUCUAUUUUUUUAAUGUAUUUAAUAUUUAAGUUUGAAUUUUCAAAAUGAUCUCAAAGGUAUUCAAUUUAAAAGUUUUCAUGUUUAAAUAGGCCAUUGUCACGUUAUUAUUUUAAGCAAUGUUUAUAUGAUAUUAAUUAAACAAAAUAGAGCUUAAGUUGAUAUUAUUAGAGAUUCAUUGUAUUUGUAAUCUUUACUAGUUAAACUUUUUCUAUUUUAGAGUUUUAUUGGUUUGGCGAAUGUAAAAAAAGCUGAUUUUUAUGUAUGACUUAUUUUUAGGUAAACAUGUUUUCAUGUAAAAAAUAAUAUAGUAUGUAUUCUUGUUGACAAAAUAUCUAUUGUAAUGAAAUAAAGAAAUAUCAACUUUA